UAGCGGUGUGGUUUCCGAGGAGCGCUCAUAUCUACUUUAAACAGGAUGUAGAGACUGAGACACAGCACGGAAAGAGAGAGAGAGAGAGAGAGAGAGAGAGAGAACGCGGGUUGAACUCUGCGAUGUGCACCACCAACACCAGCGAGACAGAAAUGACUGCCACAGCAGCGGAGGAGAAGAAGCAGACAGGAGGAGUCCCGAUGAGGCAGCUCACCGCCGGCAGGUCUUGACGGCUGCUCCCCCUGACCUGAAACAUCCCGCACCGCCGCAGCACCGCACGGUUUACACACACUAAAAAAAUUAAAUAAUAAUAAUAGCCGAAAUACUCCACAUCCCGUCGGCGAACCUUGAAGGCGACAAUGGCGAGCCUGGGCGACUGCUGUGUGAAGGUUGCGUUGAGGAUUCGUCCUCAGAUGGCAAAGGAGAAGAUAGAGGGAUGCCAUGUGUGCACGCUGGUCACACCUGGAGAACCGCAAGUCCUCCUGGGAAAGGACAAGGCCUUUACCUAUGACUUUGUGUUUGACAUCAACUCAGAGCAGCAGAACAUCUAUCAGGCCUGUGUGUACAAGCUCAUCGAGGGCUGCUUCGAGGGCUACAAUGCCACCGUGUUCGCUUAUGGUCAGACGGGUUCGGGGAAGACCUACACCAUGGGGACGGGCUUCGAUGUGGGCCUAAGCCAGCAGGAGCAAGGCAUCAUCCCGCGGGCUGUUCACCACCUGUUUGAGGGAAUACAGAACAGGAGGGUGCGCGCCCAAGAGUCCGGCAGCCAGCCACCAGAGUUUAAAGUCACCGCCCAGUUCCUAGAGUUGUACAACGAAGAGAUCCUGGACUUGUUUGAUGGAUCCAGAGAUCCAGAGAGUCGCAGCAGGAAGUCUAACAUUAAAAUCCACGAGGAUGCCAGCGGCAGCAUCUACACCACUGGAGUCACCUCCAGGCUGGUGCACUCAGAGGAGGAGAUGCUGCAGUGUCUGAAGCUCGGUGCUCUGUCCCGCACCACAGCCAGCACCCAGAUGAAUGCCCAAAGCUCCCGCUCGCAUGCCAUCUUCACCAUCCACCUCUGUCAGAUGAGAGUGUGCCAGCAGCCACAAAUGAAUGGAGGAGCAGAGAACGGAGGAGGAGAGAAUGGGGAGCUGAACGGUGUUGACUCCAGCCCCAUUGCCCAGCCAGAAUUCGAGACGCUGAUGGCCAAGUUCCACUUUGUUGACCUGGCUGGCUCUGAGAGGCUGAAACGCACAGGAGCGACCGGAGAGAGAGCCCGCGAGGGAAUCUCUAUCAACUGUGGACUGCUGGCUCUAGGAAAUGUGAUCAGUGCUUUAGGAGACCAGGCUAAGAAGGGAGGGCACGUCCCUUACAGAGACUCCAAACUCACUCGUCUGCUACAGGACUCACUGGGAGGCAACAGUCGCACAGUGAUGAUCGCCUGCAUCAGUCCGUCAGACCGGGACUUCAUGGAGACGCUGAACACAUUGAAGUAUGCCAACCGUGCCCGAAACAUCAAAAACAAGGUGGUGGUGAACCAAGAUAAGACCAGCCAGCAGAUCAGCGCCAUGCGUGCUGAGAUAGCCCGGCUUCAGAUGGAACUGAUGGAGUACAAGGCGGGGAAGCGUGUGGCAUGUGAGGAAGGUUCGGAGGGCUACAGCGACCUGUAUCAGGAGAACGCCAUGCUGCAGAGAGAAAACGACACACUGCGGCUCAGGGUAAAGGCCAUGCAGGAGACCAUUGACCACCUCAACACCCGUGUGACACAUCUGCUGGCCAAUGAGGUCAGCACUCUGCUGACCAAGUCAAGUGAGGGGAAUGAGGAGAUCGGGGCUUUAAUCCAGAACUACAUCCGAGAGGUUGAAGAACUUAGAACUAAGCUCCUUGAGAGCGAGGCCAUGAACGAGUCGCUGCGACGACAGGCGGCUCGGAUUUCCUCUCGUUCCUCGUUCCCUUCCUCCACUCUCAGCCCCACCCCCGGCCACCCGCCUGGCUCCUCCCCUGCUCCGAUGUCCAUGGAGGCCGAGAUGACAGACGUGUUACGCCGGGCCAAGAUGGACAUCGAGAGGCUGAAGAAGAAGGAGAGGAGGCAGAGGAGGAUGAGUCCAGAGUUGGAGAAAGGGCUGAAGAAACGAGUGAAACUGCACAAUCAUGAGAAUGGAGAGAACGGCCAAAGUCGUGAAAACGGACAGAAUGGAGAGAUUGAUUCAGACGACAACUACACUGAGGACAUCAUGUCUCCACUACAGGAGGAGAGUGGUUGUGAUGAAGAUGAGGGGGAGGAUGAGGAGGAGGGCAGGGAGGAGGAGGAGGACGAGUUUGACAGUGAUGAGAGCCUGGUGGAUUCGGACUCGGACUCUGAUGAGAAAGCAGCCAAUUUCCAGGCGGACCUUGCCGAUCUGACCUGCGAGAUCGAGAUCAAGCAGAAGCUGAUAGACGAGCUGGAGAACAGCCAGCGGAGGUUGCUGUUGCUGAAGCUGCAGUACGAGGAGAAGCUCAUUCUUCUGCAGAACAAGAUCCGAGACACUCAGCUGGAGAGAGACCGCGUACUGCAAAACCUCAUGUCCAUGGAGAACUACACGGAGGAGAAGGCCAGCCGGAUCAAGCAGGAAUAUGAGAAACGUCUCAAGGAGAUGAACCGAGAUCUGCUGAAGCUACAAGCAGCACAGAAAGAGCAUGCGCGUCUCCUCAAAAACCAGGGGCGGUACGAACGGGAGCUGAAGAAACUGCAGUUAGAGGUCAACGAUAUGAAAAAAGCUAAGGUCACACUGAUGAAGCAGAUGAAGGAGGAGCAGCAGAGGAGGAGAAUGGUGGAGGCAAAGAGGAACCGUGAGAUCGCCCAGCUCAAGAAGGAGCAGCGACGACAAGAGUACCAGAUUCGAGCGCUGGAGUCUCAGAAGCGGCAGCAGGAGCUGGUGCUGCGCCGGAAGACUCAGGAGGUGACCGCCUUGCGCCGCCUGGCCAAGCCCAUGUCAGAUCGCGUGGCCGGGCGUGUGGCUCGCUGGAACCACAACCCCACAGUUACAGACUCUGGAGCUGAGUUAUCAGCCAGCACUACAGCAAGCAGCUCCGAACCUGAGACUGCGAGGACUGUGAGCGGGCUGGUGAGACAGUGGAACAACAAAAACAAUGUGUUUGGAUACCUGGGAGAGAGUGAAGGGAGCAUGGAUGGAACCAGGGUCAUUGGCAGUAGGAAGAAGUUGCAGCGUAAGCCUGGAGGCCUUGGCAGCAGUGGAGCGGCAGGCAGAGCAAGCAGUUUCUCCAAGUCCGCCCGUCAGAAGUGGCAAUCCCUCGAGCGUCGCAUUAUGGACAUUGUCAUGCAGAGAAUGACAAUUGCUAAUGUGGAAGCUGACAUGGAUCGCCUUAUCAGGAAGCGAGAGGAGCUGACGGUCCAGCAGGAAUCGCUCUCACACAAGAGGGAGGUACUAAUGGCGGACGGAGAGGGACCAGAAGCAGAGGACCGCCUCCUUCAGGAAAUUAAUGAGGAGAUUGAGGUGCUGAAUGCCAAUAUAGACUAUAUCAAUGACAGCCUGUCUGACUGCCAAGCCACCAUUGUACAGAUAGAAGAGACCAAGGAUGAGCUGGACUCGGUGGACACAUCUGUCGUGAUAAGCUCCUGCUCUCUGGCUGAAGCACGCAACCUGCUGGACCACUUCCUGAAGGCUUCCAUAGACAAAAGUUUACAGGUGGCUCAGAAGGAGGCUCAGAUCAGACUGCUGGAGGGUCAGCUGAGACAGACAGACGUGAUUGGCUCAUCCCACAAUCACAUUAUCCUCGAUGCCCUGCGAGAAAAGGCAGAAUACAUACCUGAACUCCAGGCUCUCAUCCACAAUGUACAGCAGGAAAAUGGUUACGCCAGCACAGACGAGGAGCCCUCGGAGUUCAGCCAAGCUUCUGACAGCAGUGUAUCUCAAAUGAAAGAAUCCAACAGCCAAGAUGAUUUCAAGAUGAAGAUUGAGCCUCGUCUGUCAGCUCAGAUGAAGGCGGUGUCUGCGGAGUAUCUGGGUCCCAUCCUGGACCCCACAUCAGGCGGCAAGCAGCAGCACAUCACCAAGUCUCUGGCCUCGCUGACGGACAUCCAGGAGGAUGGCCUGAGCCUGGCGACAGCGAGUCUGGGGCUCAGCCUGGCCCUACGAGACCCCUACCACAGGGACCGAGCGUCCCGCACCAUCAGCCUACCUAUCAGGGGACACACCUUUCCCAGGCAGUCUCGGGGUUAUGACACUUCCCCUAUAACAAGGAGGAAAUCAUACGACCGUGCGUACAGGCCCACUGACGGCUACACUCCCCCCUCCUCCCCUCCUCUGAGGACCAGGAACGACCGUAACGUCUUCUCAAGGCUCACCAGCAACCAAAGCCAAGGCUCUGCUCUAGACAAGUCGGAUGACAGCGACUCCUCGCUCUCCGAGGUGCUCAGGGGUGUGAUCAAUCCCAUCGGGGGUGUGAAGGGGGGGCGUACGGCGCCCCUGCAGUGUGUUUCUGUAGCCGAGGGCCAUUCGAAGCCGGUACUGUGUGUGGAUGCUACCGAUGAGCUGCUAUUUACCGGAUCUAAAGAUCGAACCUGUAAGAUGUGGAACCUGGUAACAGGUCAGGAGAUUGUUACCCUCAAAGGCCACCCAAACAAUGUGGUAUCAGUCAAAUAUUGCCCUUCCUCCUGUCUGGUCUUCUCUGUCUCCACCUCCUACAUCAAGGUGUGGGACAUCCGCGACUCUGCCAAGUGUAUUCGCACACUUACUUCAUCGGGGCAGGUGGUUUCAGGUGAUGCGUGUGCGGGCACCACCACCCGCACAAUAACCUUUGCACAGGGCGAGUGUCAGAUCAACCAGAUAGCCCUCAACCCGUCAGGGACUGUGCUCUACGCUGCUGCUGGAAAUACUGUUCGCAUGUGGGACCUCAACAGGAUGCAAGGGAUGGGGAAGUUGAUGGGCCACAUCGGCUCAGUCAUGUGUCUGACAGUGGGACAGUCUCUGCUGGGCAAAGACCAAGUUAUCACUGGCUCCAAAGACCAUUAUGUCAAGGUGUUCGACGUGGCAGAGGGAACUAUGGGUAAUGUAGGUCCAGCUCAUAACUUUGAGCCUCCUCAUUAUGACGGCAUCGAAUGUUUGGCUGUACAGGGAGAUGUGCUGUUCAGCGGGUCAAGAGACAACGGCAUCAAAAAAUGGGAUUUGGAGCAGCAGGAGCUCACUCAGCAAAUCCCCAACGCCCAUAAGGACUGGGUGUGUGCUCUGGCGUAUGUUCCGGGUCGGCCCAUGCUGCUGAGCGCCUGUCGGGGCGGCAUGCUGAAGGUGUGGAAUGUAGACAACUUCACCCCCAUAGGAGAGGUCAGAGGUCAUGACAGCCCCAUUAACGCCAUAUGUACCAACUCAAGACAGAUCUUCACUGCAUCCAGUGACUGCAGGGUGAAGUUGUGGAGCUAUGUGCCAGGCCUGACCCCGUGUCUUCCUCGACGGGUCCUGGCCAUCAAGGGCCGAGCCACCAGCCUCCCAUGAUUGCCUCUUCUCCGCUCACCAACCCUCCCUUCCUCUGCGACAAGACAGUGAAGAUCUGGUCGUCAAAGGUGUGGAGGAAGAGGUGACAACCGAAGUGGUUCCUUUGUCGGCCAUCUUACUAAAACUUCAGCCAUUGAUCUGUGCCCUGCUGACUCCUGGCAAUGAGAUGUGACACUGAAGUUUCCAAGGCAAUCAAGGUGUUUUUUUCUCUGUUGCCAAGGUGCAAAAUGACAAAGCAGAGGCAGAAUAUGUAUUCAAAGGCAAAAAAUCUAUUUGCCUUUCCGUUUUUUUUUAAUGCCAAUUUGAAAGUGCCAUUCAGGUGUGAUGGACAAGAUAAACCAUAUCCUCCUGGCCAUGGAUACACCUGCUGAACAAUGUUUCCCCGGACAUGAAAACUACCACAGCCUGGUAUUAAAAGGAAAAGAAAAAGUGUCCUUCUGUUCUUUCACCAAGGUUUUAGAACCCUUGUGGAACAGUGAGAGAUGAAUUAGCUCAAAGACGUGUGUAUCAUGUAUCUAUUGUUAGAAAGUCAAGAUGGAAUUUAAAUCCCAGAGGGAUGCUAACUAACAACUGGGACCUCUGCUCCUCCGUUCAGGAUACUGAACACAUCGGAGGGUCAUACUAUGUUAAUCGUGGUGGAUGACCAAUAGACAAUUGCUGAUCUUGGGAUAGACAUCACUGGAAAAUCACACAAAACACCAUCCCCUUUUACUCCGGAAUCACUUUUAGUUCAAGUCGCUCUCAGUAUAUCACUGAAACUUUAUUGCGUUCCACAAGUCAUGUUCAUGUUUUCUUUUUUAAAUGACUUUUAUUAAUUUAUUAUUUUCCCUACCUCAGUUCUUUUGGACUUUGAUGUGAGGUGGGAGGGAACAUUUUUUACAGGUCUCUGUAUACAAACACCUGGUGCUUGACAUUUUUGAAGUCUUUUAUUUAAUGCCUGGCUCUUCAUCUAUGUGUGGAUGUGUCCUCUGUGGCCCUCUGGCUAUCAGACUGUCAAGCUGCUGACCUUGCAAACAGGAAAGCACACGUCCAGUAGCACAAUCUAAGGUAGCACUGGCCCCCCGGAGGAUUCUGGACUGGACUGUAUCAUCUGCUCUGUAAAGUGCUAACUGCAGUGAAAAUAAGAAACACCCCUGCAGACGCACAUACACAAACAGUGCACACAUUUGUGAGUCAGGUACUCCAUUGAGGCCAAAGAGCCAGAUCAUUAUCUCAACCAUCCCUACAGUAUGUGGCCCAUACCUGCCAUUUAUCCUCUCCUCAAAUGGUAAUAGGAGCCCUAUCCAGUUUUCCCCCACCUGCUUUCAGCGCCACUCUGAUCUUUAAGGUUAGCGGCUGUGUCAGACUGACCAGCCUUACUGAAGAGUCCGCCUCUUUCCCCUGCUACUGAACUUCUCUGGGAAGCCUUUUUAAUUAGAGGUCUCGCAGCUCUACCGGCUGCUUUUUCAGGCAAGAUUACUUGGGUGAAAGUAGGUCAUAACUGAGAGAGAUUUCUUAUUAAAAUCCCAAUUUUCUUCCACCCACUAUUUGCUGCUACAUUUUAAAGGCAGGAAGAAACUUCAUGUACCCGUGCACUGAUGUACAAAUCUGUUUAUGUGGCAGAUUACGCGUGUGGGCAACACACGCACACACACACACACACACACACUUAUGCACAAACUGUGGACUCACACAAACACAAGAUUUCAGUGGAUGUUUCGGUUAUCCAUCUUGCCUGAUAGGUCUUGGCAUCCCUCGCUGUGUUGAUUUAGUGUUGCUUUAAUGUAACAAAUUCAGCACUGCAGCACUCCACUGACACACACACUCAUAUAUGCACAUACAUACAUACUCCUACAGGCAACAGUAAUAACCCAAGUCUUAAAAGUCAGUUCAAUUAUAUUUUUGUUCUGAAUACAGAUAAUAGCAUUCUCAUCACUCUCAGUUUAUGAACUUGGGCUUUUUUGUGUCAGUCAAAACAAGGAAUUUAAAAGUCUUACCACAUGAUAAAAACCCAAUUCAUGCCUGUCAUUAUCACAAUAUCACCGUUGAGAUUUGUUUUUCAGCUCUGAAAUGUCACUGCCUUUGUUAAAAAAAAAAAGAAUAAUUUGGUUAUUUAGUGCACUUUUCCUUAUAAAAGACCCAGAAACAUGUAGUUUAAAUAAUGAAGCUUGGAUCAUAAAACAGCAGUCAUUGGUGCUGAAGUUAGUUAGUACUUUCAACAUACUUUCUGCAAAUUCUCGUCUAAGAAGGAGUAUGUACCGCCAACAUGAGUUCAAAGCUGCUUAACACUUUCCAAAACCAAUGAUAUGGGUUUUGGUUAAAUGUUGGGGGGGGGGGCAAAUGUGUGAAUGGGGGUGAUGUGUUGAAGCAUUUUGGUUUUAAUAUUUGUAAUGCUUAGAAACUCAGGUAAAGGUUGAAGGAUAUUGUUAGUCAUACUUUUAGUCAUUACUUGAUCCUGUGAAUUUAGGUUGCCCUUUGAAUUGACCAAAUGCCUUGUUUGAGAGAUUUUGAUUUUAUUUUAAGAAAAAAGGUACUAUCCGUGUACCACCCCUUUUUGUAAAAGGCUCAUUUCCAUGUUUUGCUUUUGCAUUUGAUUCCCUUUACUUAUUAUCUAUGUACUGUGCUUCUCCGUACAAAACGUACACAUCUUAAAUGGCAUCUUCCCAAUCUGGCCAAAGCUGAAAGUCUUGCAACUCUGAGAAGUUAUGCACUGAUUUUUGACCAUAAUUACUUGUUUAAAAUAUGUAUAAAGUAUGGUAUGUAUAGUAGUUUGUGUAUAAAACUGGCGUGAGCGGUACAGAAUGUGGUCAGUAGGGAAGUUAACCUCCAUAGCAUAAUGGGUUAUAUACUUUGACCUUAAGUCAGACUCCACUGGGCCCUUCACCGUACACUAUGUAUUUAUCUGUGCUAAUUAGCCAAACUGACCCUGCUCACCAGCUCUGUGGUGUGUUUCAUGUGAUAACAGUUCUAAAACAGCCUUUAUCUCCAUUUUCUUCUCCAGACUCCUACUUAUUGCUAGAGAAGAUGUUGUAGUACUGUAGCUUUAUGCACUCUCUGAGGUGCCCUGUGCUUGUACAUUUGCUGAAGGAUACAUGAUGUUAGUUGUGCUCAUCGGUUGAUUGGACAUAUAUCAAAAUAGUAAUUCAGUAGGAAAUUCAGUCCUCCUUUUAUCUUAAUGUUAAACACCUGAGUGGAUUUGCUAUCAAAAUCUUGGAAGGAUUUGGCCAUUUGUUUGGAUUCUGGAGCAUUGAUAGUCAAAAUAUGUAACACAAAUGUUGUUGAGUGUGCUUCGCAAAAGAUGCUUACGUGGAAGAUUUAUUAUAGCCAUGCAGAAGCCCUAAAUUAUUAUCUGGCCUUGGAUCAGCCCCGCCCAAAGUUGCCCAGAGUUCUGAGUCUUGUAUUUUGCCGAUGUCAGCACCACUUCAUUACUUGAUGUGUAAAUAAGUGUGUCAUACAUAGUCGAGGUUAGCUGACUUCUUUCUCAUCAGCUGGCCUCAGAAUAAUCUCUGUAAGUUAGGAUUUACAUGCACUUUGGAUAAUGAACACUGCUGUGAAUACUCUGAACUGUUUUCCAGAUAUGUAUUAAGCCUAACUUUAGACUUAGUUUACAAAGACCCAGAGUCCAAAACAAGGCUUAAAGCAUUGAAACUGUACUGAAAAGAACACAUCUGUUUAGGUCUACAGUAGGUUUAGAAGUUAAUGAUAUUAAUGUUUGUGCUGAUACAGUAUGUAAGAUAACAGUCAAGACAUAGAAAGACAGUCCCCAGUAUGUCCCUGCCUUUAAAGCCCCCCUUUUUUUUAUAGCAAUUGUUAUCUGAGAAUGCAAAUUUUCACUUUGGCAGAGCAGCAUGCACACCUUUGUAGACACUCAUCCAUAUUUCCCUGACUGUCUGCUGGCAUUCAGACAUUUUUCUUAAUAUUACUGACCACAAACAGGUCAUAUUACUCUAUGAAGGAUAUAAUCAGAGGCACAGGAUGAAAGAAGAUAAUCUAUUUCUCCUGCAACAAUCCACUGGGGGAAAUCACACCUGAUAUUAUCACACUAAAAGUACCAUGUAGUGAGUACUGUUUGAUAAAUACCCCUCUCCAAUCCCAAAUUGGUACACCAGCUGGUGGCAAUGUUCUGUAGCCAAAUGUGAAAACAGUGAACCUCUAUUGUAGGUCCCCACAGCCCAUAUUAGAAUCUGGUUUAAAUUAUAAAGCUGUUUGACCAAAGCUAAAAAUCACUUGCUGAUACCUUGCUCGCCCUUAAAAGCCACUACCUGUGUAAUUGAAUAUUUCGGACUUCGGUGCACCGCAGUGACAGUACAAAAGAAAAAUAACAUUGACCAUUUGCAAAGCCCCGCCUAGUUACUGUUGCUAUUCCUGUCAAGCUUUCUCUUCUUGCACAGAACUUAUGCAGUUUACAAUUACAGCUUGAAAUUAGCAAGUCGGUUUUGAAACAGUGAGUCCUCCAUUUCACACAGAAGUUAGAUUUAUGCUUUAAUGUUUGUACAUUCAAACGGUACGCCUUACUUUUACCAAAGAAAAGGAUUUGAGUUAGCCACACAUUUUAUGCAUUCUGUACACCUUUACAUGUGUUUUGGGAUUUGGAAAAAAGCUUAACUCUCAUCCUACUAACAUAUUUAAUAUACAAUGGCUAUUGACUGGGGACCCAAAAAGUAAGCCAUUGUCAACAACAACCACCAUAGCAAAAUGUUAACUUAUGAACUCAAUAAAUAUUUCAAUCUAUUAAAAUUGCAUUGGUGGAAUUAGGUACUUUUGACUGGGAUCCCCCAGGACUCCAGUACAUAUUUUUAAAAAAGUACAAAUUAAAACAGAAAUAGAAAACAACAAUAUGAAGUAAGUAGGAACACACUGAUUGAAGUCCUGAAAAAUUAGAAUGAUAGAAUAAAACACCUGUGAGACAUAACAAGUAUGCAAGUAUAGGUAGGAUGAGGGUUAAAACAAACAAACCAGACUCUUUUAUAGCUAUGAUAGUUAUGAUAGUGUGUGACAACCAGUGUUCAUGGCAGGGUUUAGCGAAUGGUCAGUUGGCUGAAAGCAAAUCAUAGACCGCACCAAUUUUCCCAGGCAAACAAAAAAAUAAAAAUAAAUCAGUAAAUAGUGGCUGCAGCCUGUCUGUCUUGUAUAGAACAGAUUGGAGAGUCAAGCUGUCAGUGAGUGAAUUGUGUGAUACCACCUUUAGCAUUUCCAGCCCAGCCCAGCCCAAACACCUUAGGCCUACUAGGAAAUUAAAUCAAAGUUGUCAGUGUCUCACCUUCAGCCUUGUGCCUCAGACAACAGGCCUUACUGCCUUAAAGAAACAGAAUGUGUAUGUGGGACAUUAACAAUCUUUAUUUUGAGGAUUGUAGAUUGUCCUACAGAUUGUUUGAGAAUUCUGUUCUAAGUCAGACGACGUCUCUGCUCACUUUAUCAGCACGGCUGAAGAGACUAUCGACUUUGCCUCAGGCUGCUGAGGGGAUGGGAUUGCAUUUAGACACAGUCAAGAGGGCUGCUGAUCAAGAGGGCACUUUACUGCUUUGCAGUGAAUAUCGCACACCAACACACGUCUUCUCUGUAGCUGCUCAACUAGUUUUCUUCCAGGUGUGUGUUGUCACAUUGAGCUCACAUAUGCUAAUACAGUAUGUGGCGGUGUCUGUGAAAUAUUUACUCAUGGGACAUAAAUGCAGGGUCAAAGGUCAUUUGUGCCUUUUAUUGCACAGACUAUUCCCUCUCUUAAAUGAGUGUAAAUGUGUGUACAGCUUUUUUUAUAUGACAAUGUGCAUGUGACCAAGCCAUGUAAGAUAUCUGACUGUAAAUAAUGUAAGUAAAUAUUUAAUGAAGGAUCCAAUGUUCCCUCAAGAAAAUAAAUGUUAAAAACAACUGUCCUUCGUUUCUUCUGGAGUGAUGAAUCCUAAUAAGAUCUUAUUGUAUAUUGAUUUCUUUCUUUUGUGGUUUGGAUCAUAAAGAAUUGUUUUCAUGAGAUUACAUUCCUUCUGUGAUUAUCUUACAGAAAUAUGUUCUUUAACCAGAUUGUUCAGGAUUUUUAUAGUAUUUACCCAUCUGUCUGCAGAUUACAACAUGCCUGAUAUUAAGACCAAAGCAGCUGAGAAAUCAGAUGAUCCUUUACAGAUGGAUGAAGAGUUUAUUGAUCAUUUGGGAUAAAAAGGCAAAAAAAUGGUUGUAGGGGAUGAGGUGUAGACAUGAGGAAAUGUUUUUCCUCCAGAUGCACUCCUUUCUACUUCAGGGUGAGAGAUACAGACUCAAAGCUCAUACAUCUUCAUUUCCUUUGCAAACUCUGAUCAUUAACUUGUGUCGGUCUGCGCUUGUCCCAGCAGCGACGGGAGACACAAGCACUGUGAUGUACGACGGCCAUUAACGCCUCAGAGGAGGCAAGAACCAUUUGAAGAUGCCAGUCACUAACAAAUAAACAUCCAUACACAAACCCUGUCACGUCCAAGCUGUAUGUGCUCCAUCUGCUCUCUCCAUGUAAUAAACUCCUGAAAUUUCA